AUGGAUCGGUACCAGAGAGUUGAGAAGCCGAGAGCUGAGACUCCUAUCGAUGAGAACGAGAUUCGAAUUACUAGCCAGGGAAGGAUGCGCAGCUAUAUCUCCUACGCCAUGAGCCUGCUUCAAGAGAAAGGUGCAGAUGAAAUCGUAUUCAAGGCAAUGGGAAGAGCCAUCAAUAAGACCGUGACCAUAGUGGAGCUUAUCAAGAGGAGGAUUGUUGGUCUUCAUCAAAUCACAUCGAUUGGGUCCACUGAUAUAACAGAUACAUGGGAGCCCCUUGAGGAAGGCCUCCUUCCUUUGGAGACUACAAGGCAUGUGUCAAUGAUCACAAUUACACUCUCCAAGAAGGAAUUGGAUACAACUUCUGUUGGGUAUCAGCCCCCACUACCUGAAGACCAGGUGAAAGCCUCCACAGAUUAUGAAUAUGAAGGAGGAGAGGGAUCUCCAAACGGCCGAGGCAGAGGUCGUGGUGGCAGAGGAAGGUCAAGGGGCAGAGGGAAUGGAUAUGUGUCCGUGGAAUACGAAGAUGGUGGUUGGGACCAGGGCGGCUAUGCCAGGGGCAGAGGUCGGGGUAGAGGACGUGGCGGAUUCCGUGGCCGUGGUAGAGGAGGCUAUAAUGGUCCUCCUCCCGAAGCCCAGCAGCAAGAUGGUGGCUUCUAUGAUGCUCCUCCUCGGGGCCGUGGGCGUGGUCGUGGUAGAGGAGGUUAUUAUAAUGGUCCUCCUCCCGAAGCUCAGCAGCAAGAUGGUGGCUUCUAUGAUGCUCCUCCUCAAGGCCGUGGGCGUGGCCGUGGUAGAGGAGGGUACCGUGGAAGGGGCCGUGGUGGAGGUAGAUCGAACGGACCGGCAAUCCAGGCUGCUGCAUGA